CAGACUUAGACCACACUCUACCCCCGAUGCCUGACCUUCUUCCUGCCUAUAUGACCGUCGAGCAACCCAUCCAACCUGCUCCGAUAUCGAAGGCCAGACAUCUAACACUCGGACGCAAGGUUCUGAAGAAUAUCAGUACUUCCUCCCCCUUUGGCGUCGUUGACAAGUCUGUGGGCCUGCGCACGCCGCGCAGACCGAAGCUUUCGGAUAAGCUUGCCGCAAGCAUCGAGGCCAAUGGGGAGUUAUCUGAGGGCAAGGGUGCAGGGCCUGAAGCGGGUCCGUACGACCAUUGGUUGCUACGUCGCACGGCCCGCGUUCGCCGGAUCUGCGAUGACAUCCCGUCUAAAGCGGUCACGAACAUGUUCGCCCGGGGCAUGAUUAUCGACACGGACUGGCUCGAGCGUGGUGAUCCAGACUGGCAUCCGGACUGGCACGAGGAGGAUGCGGACGGCGAAACGGACCAUGGCGAGGAGGUGCCGUUUGAAGAGGCGAAGCCUGCGGACGACGAGCUUCCCGUACUGGAUGUGGACAUGUGGGACGCUACUCAUCCUCAAGAGGGCGAGCAAGAAGCCGGGCCUUCGCGGACAUCGCGUGAUGAUAGUGAACUAGCGCAGGAAGUUUCAAAUGGUGCGAGCGGGGUUUAGACUUCGUUGCUGUUUUUGCUAUUUUUCUUACGACAUAUGCCCGGGUUUUAUCCUGAUUAUCUGGCUUGUGCGACCAUACUCUACACCUGUAA